AUGAGUAAACAGGAUGAUGGUCUGUUCCUCUUAGAGGUGCUUGUUGAUAAAAUAGUUUUCGUUAAGAGUCCUUGUUUUUCUGACAAGGAUUUCAGAACUUGCGUUAACAUUGAAUGUCCAGGAGUUGAGCCGCUGGAAAUAUGUGAUGAUGAACCCAACGCUUGUGUAGCAAAAAGCAGUGGUCCAUUUAUAAAAUUAUUUAACAAUGGAAAGUCUUGUUUAUUUUCUCUCAAACAGAGUGAAAUCUCAGCAGCUCUAAACAAGUUUCCUGUACAAGUCACUGUAUAUAAAUCAUUACCAUGUGGCUGUUUACCCACGAAGAUCAUUAUGGGAGAGUGCACUAUAGACAUGACAAAGGAAUUUGUCGAAGCACGCAACACAUUUUUGGAAGAUCCUACAAAUGUCAGCUAUCAAGCCCUCAAAGAUUCAUUUCGAAUCGUUGGACCAGACGACGCAGAAACUGGCGAAAUAGUUAUGUUUUUACGCAUAUCCUGUUUCGGCAAUAUGAUAAUAACGAGGUUUCAAGGACCUGGAGGGCCACCUAACAUAGGGGGCAGGAAGAGUUCUACUAUUGUCGAUAGAUCCUGCACUCCUAGAAAAGAUUUCCAAAGCAUGCAAGAUCCUUGUGCUUGCGGAGCAGCACGGGGAUUAUCCAGUGGGGCAGGUGCUGCUGGCGGCAGAGGACAACCUUGUAACGUCAGUGGGGGAAGUGGUGUUUGUCCACCUGCCAGAGAUCCUUACAACAGUAUGCCCUGCCAGGAUCUUGACGACCCAUGUUAUUGUUCCGGUCCGAAACAAGAGCCAAAACAACAGAUGGUGUGUCGAAACACCGAUCAGUACUGUUUACACGUCCCAAAAGGUCGCAGUAAACAAUUCGAAGAGAUAGGCACAAACCUUGGUGGAAACGAGUUAAAGAUUAAAGUUCCUGCCCAUGCGUCUAUAAUUAAGAAGAUUAGUCAGACACAUUGUUCAAUGCAAUGUCCUUAUUCAAAAGGCACAAAUGAUGGUCCUUGUUUGCCACCAUGUGGAAAAAAUCAGAUAAGUCUGGCUCUACCAAGUGAAGCCAUUUGUUGUCAAGGAGCAAAUCCUGCUGGAACUCAAUUCAGUUGCACGACCGAAGGUUGCCUUCAGGCCGUAAAGCAUGGACAGCAAAGUGCUCUAGCUCGCGGUGAUGUCAAACAAAACGCACCUGCAGAACUAACCAACCAAGAUGUGUUUGUCCUCAAGGUUGCUAAAACAGCCAUGCAAGGAGAUAGGAAAUGCAAAGUGGAAUUAGAACUGGUUACACCAAAGGGACCUGAUAAAAAACUUCCUGUAAAGAAAAUAAAUACAUGUCUGCAAUCCGAUCUUGACUGCGAAUGUUUCGUUAGGCGCUUGAAGAAAACCAAACCAAAAAAGAAGCUAUAUUGA